UCCCACUGAGUUCUCGUCGACGGAUGUGAGGGAUGCAAGAUGUACAGUAGGCGAAGGCUGGCGGCGAGUCAUGGCGGAAGAAGAUAAAGCGGUUCGCAUCUUACAGAGCCUGAGGGGCAAAAUCUGCGAAGCCAAGAACCUACCUCCAUACCAUGGUCCAAACAAGAUGCGAGAUUGUUUCUGUACUAUAAAACUGGACCAAGAAGAGGUUUAUCGGACAAAAGUCGUUGAUAAAUCUUUAAGCCCCUUUUAUGGUGAAGACUUUUACUUUGAAAUCCCUAGAAGUUUCCAGUACCUCUCCUUUUAUAUUUAUGAUAAGAGUUUUUUUCAGAAGGAUGUGCCUUUUGGUAAAGUAUCAAUCCGAAAGGAAGACCUGUGCAAAUACAACUGUAAGGACAGCUGGUUUACAUUGCAACUUGUUGAUGCUAACUCUGAAGUUCAGGGAAAAGUUCAUCUGGAAGUAAAACUUAAUGAACUUAUAACAGAGACUGGAUCAGUUUGUCAACAAUUGGUAGUACGGGUAAUUGAAUGCCAAGGACUUCCUCUUGUAAACGGGCAGAGUGGUGAUCCCUAUGCCUCUGUCUCUCUGGUUGGUCCUUCUAGGUUGGAUCAAAAAAGGACCAAAGUGAAGAAGAAAACCAGCAACCCACAGUUUGAUGAAACUUUCUAUUUUGAAGUCACAAGAAACAGCAGUUACACCAGGAAAUCCCAUUUUCAAGUUGAGGAGGAAAAUAUUGAAAAAUUGGAAAUCAGAGUUGAUCUGUGGAACAGUGAAAACCUUGUGCAAGAUAUUUUCCUUGGUGAGAUUAAGGUUCCUGUGAAAAUUUUAAGGAAUGACAACUGCCAUCGGGCAUGGUACUUACUACAACCAAAGGACAAUGGAAACAAGUCUGCAAAAUCAGAAGACUUGGGCUCUCUUCGGUUGUCUAUAUUCUACAAUGAAGAUUAUGUGCUUCCCUCUCAGUACUACAGUUCUCUUAAUGACCUGCUGCUAAAGUCAUCAGAUGUCAAGCCUAUAUCUGCCUCAGCAGUCCAUAUUCUGGGUGAGGUGUGUCGUGAAAAGCAAGAAGCCGUAUUGCCACUUGUGCGCCUGCUAUUGCAUCACAAGAAGCUGAUUCCUUUCCUUCGUGCCAUAGCUGAGUUAGACCUCCAACAGACACAGGAAGCCAACACUAUCUUCAGGGGAAAUUCUCUGGCCACUCGAUGUAUUGAUGAAACAAUGAAACUGGUUGGAAAACAUUAUCUGAAAGUGACUCUGAAGCCCAUUUUAGAUGAAAUUUGUGACUCCUGCAAAACCUGUGAGAUUGAUCCUGUUAAGCUAAAGGAAGGUGAUAAUGUUGAGGUGAAUAAGGAGAACCUUCGCCAGUAUGUUGAAAGAGUGUUCAAUGUGAUUGUAAAAUCCAGUAUGAGUUGUCCCACUCUUAUGUGCGAGGUGUUUAAUUCCCUACAAAACUUAGCAAGGAAGCAAUUUCCAGAUGACCCCCAUGUGAAGUACUCUGCUAUAAGCAGCUUUGUUUUCCUUCGAUUCUUCGCAGUCGCAAUGGUCUCCCCUCAUAGUUUCCACCUCCGGCCCCACCAUCCAGAUGCUCAGAUAUCUCGAGUCUUGACCCUAAUUUCUAAAACAAUCCAAACCUUGGGAAGCUGGGGCAGUUUAUCGAAAAACAAACUGUCAAGCUUCAAGGAAUCCUAUAUGUGUGAUUUUUUUAAACUGUUUCAAGAAGAAAAAUGCAUUGAGCUGGUUAAAAAGUUUAUAGAUGAAAUAUCUUCUGCACAAAGCAAGGAGCCCACUGGUGUAGAUGAACCAAUUAUCCUCAAAGAAGGAGAAGUUAUUAAAAGAGCUCAGGGAAGAAAUCCAAUCCGUAAAGUGCAUAAUUUUAAGAAGCGAUGGCUCCGUUUGACCAACCGAGAGAUCUCUUACCACAAACAGUCAGGUAAAGAGCCCCUAUACAGUAUCCUGAUUAAGAACAUUAUUGCAGUUGAGAAACUUGAAGAAAGAUGCUUCAACAAAAAAAACAUGUUUCAAGUCCUCAGUAUUGAAAGACCUGAAAGACCACUUUAUGUUCAAGCCAGUAACUGUGUGGAGGCCAAUGAAUGGAUUGAGAUGAUCACCAGAGUGAGUCGUUGCAAUCCUGAGAGGCUGCACGUUUAUCAUCCUUGUGCUUUUUUAUCUGGAAACUGGGUCUGCUGCAAAAAUACAGAUGAGAAAGCUGCUGGUUGUACAAGUUGUACUGGGGGUUCUCCAGCAAAUAUCCAACUAGCCAUAGACUGUGACCGAGAAGCUGAAAGGAUAUUUUCGCUGUUCCAUGCCAACUUGCCCAGACUGCAGAAAAUGGAAGAUGCUUGUGGAAGUAUAGAUGUGUAUCAAGGCCCUCAACUGGAGCAAGAUGAAUAUUCCCACUUUACUAUUGAAGAUUCAAGAGUCACCUUUAAAACUCUUCAACAAAUAAUCGUAAUUGUGGCUAAGUUGGCUGAAUUUCAUGAACAGUACCGAAUUAAAAGAUCAAUACGUGCGAUAUAUGGCAGCGAAGAAAAUCCUAUUGGAGCAAAAUAAUCCCAGUUGAAGAGAGGGCAUGAUAGCUGCUGAAGCUCUACAGGAAAAGUCUCUGGAAAUACUUGGAUUUUUUGUCAUCCCUAUAUUGGUGUUUCUAAGGAUGAGAGACCGGCGAGCCUGGCCUUUAGUAGAUGCACAGAAUGUUUUAGUGAUGGCGAGCAUUUAUGUGAAGUCCACAAAAGAUUUCAAUGCACUUUAAUCAUCUGAACUUCCCCAGGUGAUCUUAAUUUAUAAUUUUUUUUUUAAAACUGAUACUAGUAUCAAUUUUAUCAGAUCAGUUGAAUGAUCCGUUUGCCCAUAACGUGGUUAUUCAUUGUGCAUCCGUUCUGUGUAUUCCAUUUCAUUUUCUGCCCUGUAAUAAAUUUGAGGACCUGCCCAAAUUUUCUUAACUUGCAUUAGGGAUUUUUAUAUAGUUUAAAUAUUUUUCUAUCUUUUAAUGAAAAAUGAACUGAGAAUAGAAGCUGUUAAAUAUUUGUUUUAAUACCCUAGGAAGGUCUUGUAAUUUCUGCUGAUCACUAGAAUCAUUCAGAGUAUUUUCCACCGUAAUUGCAAUGUCUAAUCCAUCACACACACACACUUUCAGUAUUUGUUGUGUGUUAAGUUCAGACUGGCUUCUUUGAAUAUUCCUUAUACUGGCUGUGAGCAGUUUGAGCUUUGGUAUUCCCUGCAAGUGCUGCUAUUCAGAGUUGAACAUCAUGCCUUAUGGCUCCUAUCAUCUCAGAAGAUCGUAACUUUAAUAAAUACUUGAAUACUUUUGACCAUAGUGUCAAGACCAUAAUAUUUUUCAAAUGUUAAUAGCCUGGACGAUAUGUGGAGGGAAGCUAUCAGUAUCUCUGACAUACUGGAUUUUAAUUACAAAACGACUCUUCAUAUUUCCAGGUGCAUCGAUAAAUAAAGGUACUAAUGAUAGGAGAAAACUGGUUUAUAGUGGGAUACUUUUAUGUUAGUAAUCGUUGUAAUUUUCAAAUUUCUAAAAUAACCACACACAAAAGUCUUAAAAGAGCACCUGCUGACCCUAAACAAUGUGUUUUCUUUCAAUUUCCCAAAGGUGGUGAGUCAUACUGGAGUACAGAUCUGCAACCCUCCAGUACUGAUACUCAUCCAAGUCAACAUUUUUGCUAUGUAACCCUCCUGAUUUUAAGGGCUUGGCUGAUGAAUUACUCUGCCAGAUUCCCUGAAAAGAUGCAGUUCAAAAUUUAGGUUAUAUGCAAUGAGGGCCCAAAAGCAUUUAUAUCGUCUUCCAACAGAACCAAAUAACUGAAAUUUUUUAAAAGUCACAAUUUCCUUGUCGUGAACAAGAAUGUUAUCUCCCGGUACCCUGCCUCCUCCUCCUCUUUGUGAAAGAAAAUUUUGCUUAUUGAUUCAAUUCUUUUCCUGCUGUUAAUGAUUUCCCAAUAAAAUAGAUUUUUGUUUGUUUCACGGACUGGAAAAGCACACGUUGGUUGACAGUUGAUUUGAUCGGUUUUUUUGGUUGGGGGCAGGUGGGUGAGAGUGGAUCACAAAGUAAAGUCCAAAAUUCAUAAACUCUCCUUGUGUAAAAGAUUCCUGGACAGUGCAUGCGGGAGGAUAGACCUUCAAUUGUAGAGACCGGUAUAGCCAAGCCCAAUGUUGCCCCCGACGUGUACGACUAGAAUCAUUGGCAUUGAUUAGAAGUCGGAAUCUUAGCCGAUUUUCCUUUCACACCCACCAUAGCACCCCCGCCCCAAACUUCUUCCCUAUGCUAGAGGCUACUUGUAGUGCUCCUGAGGUCAGUCAACUGAACAUUACACUCCUGAGACCUGUCUAAACUGUAUAUUUAAAUAUUGCACCAUAUGAUAUUUUUACCCAAUAUACAUGUUGGUGAGUCCCAGAGCAUUUAACUUUAUUCUGCCUGUCAAAUAUUUCUAAUUUUGGCGGUCAGGUACAAAAAUAGUGAUUACUGUUUGAGCUAUGGUAGGGGUGGUGGCAAUAUGUCAAGACGUCGUGCAGAACAGUUGGAAAAGCAUGGGCUUUUGAAGUGACUCAACUAAACAUUUAUUCUUGGCUGACACCACAGUAAAAUUUGUUUUGGGUACUUGCAGAAUGCCACUUUUUUUGUGUAUGUAAAAUUAGCAGUUUCUAAAUAACACAAUAUUCAGUAAAAGAAAAAUUAUCUUGUUCCUGAUUGUCAGCACUAAUUAGAAUUUCAAUGAAAGAAAGCAUGUGAUUGAUCGCUACCAGUUGAUUAAGUUUUGUACAAACAGUUAAGCAAGUUGGUACGUGAGUGGGCAUUUUCCAGAAAAGGUCUGCUUUGUAUUUUGCUGUCUAUAGUUUAUAUUUUCCCCUCAGUGAAUAUUUUAAUAUGUAUAUGUUGAAAAGCCAGACUGUUGUAUUAUGUUGUAUAUUAGCUUUACUUCUCCCAAGAAGCUGUACCUUUUAAAAGCCCCAGCACUUGUUUAUCUGCAUGUUAGUGUUUUAGAAAUGUAUUUUUAUUUAAAUUUUAUUUUCUUAUCAAAAUAUUAAAACAUGACAUGAAAUUUA